CGCGCACCCCACGUUUGGUCACGUGGAUGAUUAGAACCAUAGUAGCGAGUCAUUUGUGACAUUUUUGUUCGUUUCCACAAAAAUGAUUGAAAGAACAUUGAGGAGUCACCUGUUUUAACACCACAGUCUUGAACGUCAUAGUUUUGUGUUUCAAAACCAUUUCUGUAGGUAUUGAUAUAAUUAAAUCGCCUUUGUGGAUAAAAUCAUGUCAGGGAUUUCGCUUAACCUGAAAUUUGACCCAACACCAAAUCCAGGGAAAAAGAGGAAAUCCAAAGCCAAAUACAAAUGUUCUCAUAAAUGGAAACGUUCCAUGGAUAAAAAUGGUCAAUUUACCCAAAACAAAAUUAAUCAUAAUGGAAAUGACAGAAUGCAAAAUAACGUGCAGAUCAAUGGAGAGAGGCAAUCGAACCCAGGUGCUAUUUUUCCCAAAUUUUACACCACUCAGCCUGAUAAGACCAACAAGCCUUCCAGUUCUGCACAGGUGCUUUGUCAGAAAUCCUCAACUUCAGUUUCAUCCACUGCCUGUACAUCUCAAGGAAAACCAGCACAGAGACCAUUUCCCACCACUAUUGGACCUUUUAAAUAUAUAGCAUUGGACUGUGAGAUGGUAGGAACGGGACCAAAGGGGUCCAUUGGUGAGCUUGGGCGGUGUAGUAUCGUCUCCUAUGAUGGCGAUGUCAUUUAUGAUAAAUUCAUCCAACCUACCAGACCUAUCACAGAUUUUCGGACACGCUGGAGUGGAAUCAGGAGGCAGGAUCUACGCAAUGCCACACCCUUCAGACAGGCGCAGACAGAGAUUGUGAAGAUAAUGACAGGGAAAGUGGUCGUGGGCCAUGCCAUCCAUAAUGACUUCAAGGCCUUAAAAUAUUUCCAUCCUGCUGGCCAAACACGAGAUACCGCACGGAUUCCGCUCCUAAACCAGAAAGCUGGAUUUCCCGAGCAUGAAACUGCAUCUCUGAAGAGGCUCACCAUGGCUCUCUUCAACAAGAGCAUACAAGUUGGGAGAAGAGGCCAUUCAUCAGUAGAAGAUGCCAAAGCCACCAUGGAACUGUACAAAUUAGUGGAGGAGGAAUGGGAAAGAACACUGGCCUCUCAGGCUGUUAGUUAAAAAGGAGUAAAGGGUCUCACUUUGUACUGAAAAAAAACAAAAACAAUUGUGCUUCAAUUUUAAAAAGUAACUUUUAUUAUGCAAUCAGUCUUGUUAUUUUCUUAUCUUUGACAUUUUUGAAAAUGACUUUCUUACUUGUAUUACCUUUUAAGAACAGUUAAACUUCUCAGCUGCACCGGUUGGCCUUAAACACCACUAGGGGGCUCUUCAGUUUUUGAACAACAGAAGUGAUUUUAACUUAUUUUAUCUGUUAACUGUUGUCUCGUUGCAACGUUUGUUUAGUGGGUAGUUGAUGAGUAAAUUGUACAUGUGUCCUAUGGUGUGACGCAGCAAAAUUUAGAAUUUAGAAUUAUCACAUAAAAUAACACAAGAUUUUUCUAAAUGUUUGUCACAUUAAAAGACAAGUUUGCAUAUUAGUCUGACAACUACCCACAUACAGUUCUGUUCAGAAACUCAGACAAAACUUUUUGCAGUAAGUGGCGAGUAACAAGCUGGCAUCAGAGCUCCUCUCUCUGCCAGUGUUUCUUUCUCAUGUCUGACGAACAGGAUGGGUCAGCAUUUUUCAUCUACUGUGAAUCCAACACAACCACAUGAAUUAUAGCCCCUCACGUAUUUAACUGUCCAUAUAAACAAGGCUACUGCUAUUCCUAAGAUUAUAGUUAAAGCUCUUCUUCCUCCAAACCCACUCAAUCAUCAGUGAGACUGUGUUUAGGAUCCAGUUGCACAGCUUUGGUAAUGUUUGGGAGGCAGUCAGUUCUUCCUUGCCUACUAGUUUCCCAGCAGUUUAACAAGGCUGCUGUUGACUGAUUUGCGGUUUUCAAUUUUGAUAGGAUCAGUAGAAUCAUAGUUAUUGAUUUGAUGGUUGUGCAAAGAGACAACAUAAAUAUAAAAUAAGUUAAAAUCACUUCUGUUAGUUAUUGGUUUGCUACUUGAUAUAGUUGGACACAGUGGAUUAAUUAAAAUGUUAACAAACAGUGCAGAGACUUGCUGACAUUCUUGGUGUGAAAGCAUGUAAAAAUGUGACGCACUUGCUAUGGGUUUAUUUCUGGGUAAUGAGAUACGUCAAACAAAUAGCCAUAAGAGUGUCUAAAACUGGGAUCAGUAAACUCCUUGAUAUGAAGUGCAAUUUAAAUCCAACAGGCUUUUUAGAUCCAUAACAAACAAAAAAAUAGAUGAUAAUGUAGUGAUUUAGAUCAAUUAUCCACCUACAGUAUACCAACAGUUUGUUAAAAUAAAUGAAUGAAUCCAACGUAAUGUUUCUAAUUCCUACUCGCAUAUUACCCCUCAUGUGCCAUUGAUGUUGAGCAGGUUCAAAAUGUCACUUUAGAUAUAGCAGGACUAUGCUGGAACAGAGAAGACAUUCUGUUAUCUGGUAUUUUGACUUUUAUAUGUCUUUUAAAUUAAUCACUCUGGUAAAUCGAAUUGAACUGUUUAAAUCUGAUGAAAUCUGAGUUAAUGAAGUGUGCCAUAAAGAGACGACAGUCGGCGUGACUUCAUACUUUCCAAGUUGUGGCUUGGAUUGCAAGUUAGUAAUGUCUGUAAAACGGAUCAAGUUUUAAAAUCCUUUCAGUGGUUGGCAGGCAAAUGUAAGCUUGUGGUAAAGAGAAAGUUACCCUUGCUCAUUACUAAAGAAAUAUCAUAAUGCAAGAUCCAAUAAAUAAUGAACUGUAGCUGUCAGAAUGAUGCUUCAUGGAUGAAGACAAAUGUUCUUGGGCUCCUAGCUGAUGAUAAUCCACAAUCCUAUAUGUGGAACUUUAUUUUUAAGACUGAAUCGAAUCAAUUGUGUCUGAUUUGGUGGUUAUCCAAAACAUUGGAAUAGUGUAUUCCAAAUAAAUAGUCCUUUAAA